AUGUCUUCUUCAGAUUCUCAGAUCGCCAACGCCACCGUCGAUGAAGUAUUAAAGUUUGUUUUUUUGUUACAUGAUUCUGUUAUUCAUGCUUUCAUCCUUGCGAAUCGGGCGAGUCAUUACCGACCAUCGUUGAAAGCUGGUUGUAUUGUGAGGUUGGAGCGUUUUGAAGUUGCACGGGUUGCCCACAUGUACAAGGUGGCAGAGCAUCAGUUCUUGAUCCGUUUCCUUCCGUCUACACACUUUGGUGAAGUCCACACAAAUGCCCCUAUAAUCAAGUCUGAUAGGUUCAUGGUGAGGCGUUAUGACCAGCUCCAGGUGCUAGCGAACACCAACCUAGAGCUCCCAGAUGUUGUUGGUGAAAUCCGAUCUUUCCAGGGGUCUAAUCUGAGCAACGAUUCUGUCACCACCAGAGUUGUGGGUCGCUUCUUGUUUGAACCGUUACCUGUUAAAUAG